GACAUCACAAUUUCUAGUUUUUUGUUAAUUGAAUUGGAGGAACUUGGGAAGCUGUGAAAUGACACCAAGUUAGGCGAUUGAAAAACUUGUAUUUUUCCGAGCAAACCGAAAAUUCCAAUUUCUCAGCUUUGGCCACAGGUCUUAGCGAGAGUCUCGGUUUCUUUCUUCUUAGUGAAUCAAAAAUUCGGUGCCUCAGGCUUUUCGCAGUUGCACAAGCUCUCUUCUGUCUUCUCUCUUACUCGGCCUGAACUCUCACUCUUCACUUUCUUUCUCUAAAACCCCCUCACAUUCUGCUACUCCCCAAUGUUUUUCUUGGACUCCGAAUAAAGUGGCCUUGUCUCUGUCCUUUGGUUCUCAUGCAACCAAAUACGCUUCCAUGGCUGCUCAACCUCAGAUUGGUCGUUUGGUUCCGCUUAACGAAAGGCUAGAAGAAGACGCUUCAAUCCCCCAAAUACCCAUUUUUCAAGGCGUGAACUUUAUAGGGCGCGACAGCAUUUCCCUUUCGGACAAAAGACUCAGCCGCAAGCAUCUCACUCUCAACGUUUCUUCGGAUGGCUCGGCUAGUUUAAUCGUGGAAGGAACCAAUCCGGUUGUUGUUAAUUCUGGGAACAGUAGGAAGAAGCUGUAUUCUCGGGAAAAUGAGACUGUUAUUGGUGGUGAUAUUAUUGAGUUGAUUCCGGGGCAUCAUUUUUUCAUGUAUGUGAUGUUGGGUGGUGAUAAAAAUGCAUCUUUUCUUGAUACUCAUAAGAGGGUUUCAGAUGAUGGAAUUGAACCUGGUAAAGGUGAGGCGAAGAGGUUGAGAGUUGUUUCUGAAGAUAAAGUUUCUUCGAGAAAUCCUAAGACUGUUGAGGUGGAAAUCAAACGGAGAGUGGAAGAAAGCAAUGUAGUGACGAAGUCUGGGAACUCAUUGUCCAAAAGAGACACUGAUGGUGAGGCCAUUCGCCAUUUUCAAGUUCCAAAGGAUAAAUUACCGCUCACCUUUCGACUCUUGCGGGUUCAAGGACUCCCUCAGUGGGCAAAUACGUCAUGUGUUUCCAUAGGGGAUGUGAUUGAGGGGGAUAUCCAUGUCGCCAUCCUUUCUAAUUACAUGGUAGACAUUGAUUGGCUGAUACCUGCAUGUCCUACACUUGCGAAAAUCCCUCAAGUGCUGGUGAUUCAUGGUGAGGGUGAUGGUAUAGUGGAUCAUAUGAAGAGAAAGAAACCUGCAAAUUGGAUUUUGCACAAACCACCAUUACCAAUCUCAUUUGGUACGCAUCACUCAAAAGCCAUGCUUCUUGUGUAUCCUCGAGGAGUUAGAAUUAUUGUACACACUGCAAACUUAAUAUUUGUGGAUUGGAACAACAAAAGCCAAGGUUUGUGGAUGCAAGAUUUCCCCUGGAAAGGACAAAAUAGUCCAAGCAAAGGAUGUGCAUUUGAAAAUGACUUGAUUGAUUAUCUCAGUGCACUGAAGUGGCCUCAGUUCUCUGUUAAUUUGCCAACGCAUGGAAGAUUCAAUAUCAACCCAUCAUUUUUCAAAAACUUUGAUUACACCAAUGCUGAGGUGAGGUUAAUUGCUUCUGUUCCUGGAUAUCAUAACGGUACCAGUUUGAAAAAGUGGGGACAUAUGAAGCUACGCACUGUUCUGCAGGAGUGUACCUUUGAUAAGGAGUUCAGGAAGUCUCCUCUUGUUUAUCAGUUCUCCUCGCUUGGUUCAUUGGAUGAGAAGUGGAUGGCAGAGUUUGCAUCUACAAUGUCGUCUGGUUCAUCAGAAGAUAAAACUCCUCUUGGUCCUGGAGAGCCACUAAUUAUAUGGCCUACUGUAGAAGAUGUCAGAUGCUCUUUAGAGGGUUAUGCAGCUGGAAAUGCCAUUCCAAGUCCAUUGAAGAAUGUUGAGAAAACAUUCUUGAGGAAGUAUUGGGCAAAAUGGAAGGCAAGCCAUACAGGGCGUUGUCGUGCAAUGCCACAUAUAAAGACAUUCACUCGUUAUAAUGGUCAGAAGCUUGCUUGGUUCUUGCUUACCUCAGCUAAUCUAAGCAAAGCUGCCUGGGGAGCACUGCAGAAGAAUAAUUCCCAACUCAUGAUUCGAUCAUACGAGCUGGGAGUGCUGUUUCUACCAUCUAAAAGAUGCAGUUCUGGAUUUUCUUGUACCGCAAAUGACUAUCCACCAGAGGAUAAAUGUGAAUCAUCAGAAAGUUCUAGAGAAGGGAGAACAGAACUGGUAACUCUGAACUGGGAAAGAAGCUCGAAUACAGUUUCAUCAUCAGGAGUAAUUACAUUGCCUGUGCCUUAUGAACUCCCUCCUCAACCAUACUCAUCUGAAGAUAUACCUUGGUCUUGGGAUCGAAGAUAUAACAAGAAGGAUGUUUAUGGUCUGGUUUGGCCCCGGCAUGUACAGCUUUAUGCUUCUCAAGAUUCUUGACCUUCUUCCUACUAGAUGUGUUUUUUCUUGUAUUUUUCAACACCUGGAUUUUCCCUCUACUUCACUCUGGUUCAUAGCGAGUAUUAAAUAUAAUUAGCUUUGCCACAUGAUUUCUAGACAAGCGUUGUGUAGAUCUUUCUGUCCGAUAACUUCCAGGUCUGCGUAUGGCCUGUUUUAUUUAUUUGUUGUUGCCAAAAAAACCUAGUUUGUUAUUAUUAUUAUCAUUAUUUUGGAAA